AUGAAAUCCAUGCAGAAGCAUUGGCAGACGGCCCACCAAUGGUCCCAGUAUCCCGAGCGAGGCCGCGUACGGCUGUCUCAGCGCGCCGAGCGCCAGGCCGAGCUGCAGCAGUCAUAUGAGCUGGUAUCGUACCAGCAGCUAUUCCCCUCACGAGCCGGCUCACACUACAUUCACAUCCGCUUCCCGCACGGCCGCCAGCCGUCAUUAGGGUUUACAUUAGGGUUUACAUUAGGGUUACAUUAG